GCUAUCCCUUGCUUCCCUGUCAAUCGCAUAAAUAUGUCUGACUUUUGGUUAACGGAGCAUAUCCGCCACCUGGUGGUGCAACCCGCAGACGCACGUCUCAACCCACCCGAAGGCUACCUGUUUGUUCAGGAUGGUCUUAUCAUCUCCUGCGGGGUAUUAUACGCCCUUUUAUACGUAUUCGGUAUGAUGCGAGCUGUUAAGGAUGGCGUUCUGCCGGGAUCACUUAAGUACCUAUCUUUGACUUUGGCGUAUGAAUUAUACUACGCCUUUGCAACAACAACCACACGGAUAGAGAGAAUAUGCUUUCUGGCCUGGUUCCAGCUAGAUCUCACGUUCGUUCUUAUUGCUCUCUGGCGCGUCUAUGGCCCUGAUCAAAGGAAGCGUAUUGCCGCGGAGAUGUUUGUAUAUUGCGUCACAGCUCUAGCAGGGUUGAGGUACCUGUGCUCUCUCUACCCAGACGACCGCGAGCAAGUUACAGCGUAUUGGACGGGCAUCCUCUUGCAGCUCCCGGCGGGGUGGGUGUAUGCGUAUGGACUGGUUAAACAUCGCUCCCUACUGGGCCAUUCCCUCGAGAUUUGGCUUGUUCGAUAUCUAGGCUGCUUCACGGCUUAUGGCCUGUUCAUCUGGAGAUAUCUCAAUGUCCCCAGGAACUGGGAAUAUGUAGGGUCGUUUUGGAGCAUCGCGAUCAUUGUUGUCACUCUUAUUCCGGAGACGGUGUACCCAUUCCUAUACAUUUGGGUAUUCAAUCAGAACAAAAGCAAAGUAAAGACGGGUUAGACGUGGCGGGUCAUUGGAGAGAGAUAGAAAUUUGCAUGUACAAACAAGAUUUCGAGCAAGGAUAUUUAGAGUCGAUGCUUCUUCAUCUUACUACAAUGCACUGUUUUCUCAGAGG